AUGCGCGCAGUUCUUCGGCCACGAGCGUUCCUUAACCCUCGGCCGGGGGCCAGAAGAGCCAUUCGAUGCUCAUUAAUAAGGCCACAAUGGCUGUCGACCACCGCAAACCGCCCUUGUUCGUGCGCCGACGCCGCCAAUGGUCGACCCAGCGCUGAAGCUCCCCCGAUCCCACCCACCGACCACCGAGCUCUGGGAACCACCCAGGAGCUCUUCACCUCCUCCAUCUACAGUCCCGGAUCUCCGCUCUUCCUCCCAAAUGGCACGCACGUCAUCAACAAGCUCAUCUCCUUCCUCCGUACCCAGUACCUGCAAUACGGCUUUCGCGAAGUACUCACCCCGACCAUCUACAAACGCUCCCUGUGGGAGGUAUCGGGCCACUGGCAGAACUACAAGGACGAUAUGUAUGAGGUGACGGGGCGCGGCGCGACUGGCAACACUGAGGGAGAAGUUGGCGAAGACGAGUCGUACGGCCUGAAGCCAAUGAACUGUCCCGGCCAUUGCCUGCUCUUCAAGUCGCAGAACCACUCAUACCGCGAGCUGCCAGUGCGCUAUGCAGAUUUCAGCCCACUGCAUCGGAACGAAGUGUCUGGCUCACUAACGGGCCUCACGCGCGUGCGUCGGUUCCACCAGGACGAUGGUCAUAUUUUCUGCCGGCCGCAACAGAUCAAGUCCGAGAUCGCGUCCGCGUUGGGAUUCGUCGAUAUGGCGAUGACCACCUUUGGACUCGGUCCGUACCGACUGGUGCUGUCGACUCGACCGGAGACGGACUAUAUCGGUACACUAGAGAUGUGGGAGAAUGCAGAGAGCCAAUUGCGUCAGGCAUUGAAUAGCACUGGCCGCGAAUGGGCACUGAAUGAGGGCGAUGGGGCAUUCUACGGGCCGAAGAUUGAUAUCCAACUCCAAGACCAGGCAGGCAAGUACCACCAGCUAUCGACGAUCCAGCUCGAUAUGAAUCUCCCCCAGCGGUUCGGCCUGGAGUACCAAGUUGCAGAGGGCGAAGAGGACUAUUGCCCUGAGACGCCUGGGGUUGCAACUCCCGUGCUGGUCCACCGCGCGAUCUUCGGUUCUCUUGAACGAUUCCUGGCUCUCCUGAUUGAGCACCAUGGCGGGCACUGGCCCUUCUGGUUGUCGCCACGCCAGUGCAUCAUUUUGACAGUCAACCAGGAUGAUUCGGUAGUACGCAAGGCGCAUGAAGCCGCAGCACUCUUCUCUGGGUUCCGCACCCUCCAGAACGACACAAAUGCCGGACCUCCACGACCAUUGUCGUCCGUUGAUUCGACGUUCCUGGUCGAUGUGGAUACCAGUGCACAGACCCUAGGCAAGAAGAUUCAACGGGCGAAGCAGAUGAAGUACAACAUGAUCUUUAUCCUGGGAUCGCGCGACCUUGCCGACGGUGGCAUCACUGCUGAUGUUACCGGGCAGAUGCAAAGCAAGACCGAUUUGGAAGGCCGAGAGUUCCAGUCACUGAUCGAGUCUCAAUUGGGGAGUGAUGUAUUGAAAAAUCCUCGUGCAGUCAAAUUCAAACUAGACCAGGUGCAUCCAUUGCUGGUGCAGUUUGAGAAGAGUUUCCUGUGA